GAUGAGACAUUCCGUAUGAAGAAACGCAUCGUCCGUCAAUCUCUGGAGCAUAUUCUGUUUGUGAGGCACAUUCCGGCUGCCGUAUAUUCUUGGCAUAUUGCCGGGAGCUUUAGGGUUCUUCGCGAGAUGGAGUGUAUCUUCGGCUUCGUGGGCGAUGGCUUCGUCAUUCUUGGCGCCGACACCUCCGUCGUGCAGAGCAUCGUCGUGCAGAAGACGACCGAGGACAAGAUCUUGCAGCUCGACUCGCACAAGCUCAUGGCGACGAGCGGCGAAGCCGGUGAUAGGGUUAUCUUCUCGGAGUACAUCCAGAAGAACAUCAACCUGUACAACUUCCGGAACGGGAUUCCGCUGUCCACGGCCGCGGCCGCAAGCUUCACUCGGAACGAAUUGGCUGUGGCGCUUCGAAAGAACCCAUACUAUGUGAACUUGAUGCUCGGAGGAUUUGACAAGGGCAAGGGGCCAUCGCUUUACUUCAUGGAUUACAUCGCCACUCUCCAUCAGCUGGAGAAGGGAGCCGUCGGCUAUGGAAGCUACUUCGUGUUGUCUGUCAUGGACAAGUACUUCCGCAAGGGGAUGUCGGUGGAAGAAGGGAUGGCUCUCGCUGACAAGUGCAUCGCAGAGAUCCGCAAGCGAUUGAUCGCCUCGCCUCACAGCUUCGUGCUCAAGAUCGUGGACAAGGACGGCGCUCGAGAUCUUGCGUGGAGGAGCCUGGAGCCAGCUCCUUCAGCGGGACCUCCUCCGGUUAUCAAUCCGGGAGAGGCAUCCACAUCCAUGCAAGUCCAAGGCUGAUCCUCCGUUCACUUUGUUCCUCCAAAACACGAUUGCGCAGAGCCGCGAAGGUUUGAAUACCUGGAGCACACCAAAAAAAAAGUUCUUUUUUUUUUCCUCCGAGGCCGGGAAUUCUCAUACCUUGGCUUUAAACAUGAAGUUUGGAGGUACAUUGAUGAUCACGUAGUUCUCCUUGUCGUGAUGAUACUUCUCGAAUUCCUAGCCACAAAGAACAAGCUUAGCUA